ACCGGUUGUUACUUCCGGGUUUUUACAAACGCCGCCUCUGUCAAAGCUCGCAGGAAGAAAACCGGGAUUCUUCGUGUUAAUGUCGCGUUAAGGCGUCUUCUACUCUGCGGGAAGUGUGUUUUUAGGUUGUGGGCUCCUCUCGGAGUUGUACUUUGCGGCUUUCGGGGAUGCUAAGCUGCUAUGCUAGCUCUGCUGCGCUCAUCAGGCUGAAGUGAAGAAGAAGAAAAAGAAAAAUGUCCUGGGAGCGGAAGACGAGCUGGGUCCUGAGCGGAGCUACCGUGGCGUGUGUCGCUGCUCUGUAUGUGCCCUGCGUGCAGAGGACCGUCCCCGGUGGAGACUCAGGAGAGCUGAUCACCACUGCUUGUGAGCUGGGGGUGGCCCAUCCUCCGGGAUACCCGCUCUUCACGCUGCUGGCCCGCCUCUCCAUCCUGCUGCUGCCGUCGCUCCCUCCGGCUCACAGCGUCAACCUGAUGAGCGCCGCCCUGGGGGCGGCGGCCUGCGGCGGCCUCUGCCUCACCGUCUGCAGGCUGGCAGGUCCGGGCCCCGGGGCCGUCCUGGCCGGGGGCCUCUUCGCCGUGUCCCGGCUCAGCUGGCAGUGGUCCAUGGUGGCGGAGGUCUUCGCCCUCAACAACCUGUUUGUGGCGGCCGUCUUCUUCCUGGCGGCCAGCUUCCACAGGGCCGGGAGCGCCGCGCAGAGGAGGAAGGCCGCCCGGUGGGGGGCGCUCUGCUGCAGCCUGGGCCUCUGCAACCAGCACACCCUGGUGCUGUACGUGGCGCUCGUCAUUCCCUGGGCGCUCCACAGACUGCACUCUCACAAGGAGCUCUCUCUCCGUGGCCUUGUCUCUCUGGGACUGUGUUUCCUCGCCGGCUUCCUGCCAUACGCCUACCUCCCCGCCUCCUCCCACAUCAACGCCGCCCGCUGGAGCUGGGGGGACCAGACCACCCUGUCCGGCCUGCUCGUGCACCUGCUGAGGGCCGAGUACGGCACCUUCAGUCUGGCCAAGUCUGGAAACUCGGUGAACGUGACCACGAUGCUACAGGCCCAGUUGAACCACUGCCUGGCAGACCUUUCACCUCCGGUCCUGAUCCUGGCGGGAACCGGCCUCGUCCUCUCCUCGUGGGACAGGGCGAGCCGCUCGGUGUCCUGGCUGCUGGCCGCCAUGCUGCUGCUCUACUCGCUGUUCUUCUCCUGGAGAGCCAACCUGGACGUCGGCAGGUCUCUGCUGCUGGGAGUGGUGGAGCGGUUCUGGCUGCAGGGCGACGCCGCGGUGUGUGUGCUGGCGGGCCUGGGCCUGAGCCGGACUCGGGCGGCGCUGGAGAGGAGGCUGGGCCGCGGCGGGCUGUGGAAGACCGCCGGCUGGACGCUCACCGCGGCUCUGCUGGCUCACCUGGGCCGCGGCAGUCUCAGGGAGUGCGACCUGAGCGGGAACAGCGUGGUGGAGCGCUUCGGCAGGGAGAUUCUGGCCGCCGCCCCCCCGGACGCCAUCAUCCUGACCAGAGGAGACCUUCCCGGGAACGCCAUGCGGUACUUGCACUACUGCCGGGGCGCGAGGCCCGACGUGCGGCUGGUCGACCAGGAGAUGAUGACGUACUCCUGGUAUGUGGCCCGGCUGGCUCGGCACCACCCCGGGGUCCGCUUCCCCGGCCGCCGCUGGGACCCGGCCCGCCCCGAGGACGAGGACACCUUCAGCCUGGAGCAGUUUCUGUCCCACAACACCGGGAGGCCCGUGCUGGCCUGCAUCGGGCUGAACGAGGGCGAUCCCAGCUGGGAGCGCAGCUUCUCCCGCUGGCCCCUGGGUGUGUGUGACUACCUGGUGCCGGUCCAGACCCAGUUCCACCCCGAGGAGUGGAGCCGCCGCACACACAACCUCUACAACUGGAGCGAGCCUCACAACAGUUUCCACCCUUCGUCCUGGGAGCGCGUCGCUAACGAGGAGAUGUGGCAGGCCAGGAUGAAGACGGCUUUCUUUCUGUUUGACCUGGCAGAGAGGAUGCAGGGAGAGGGGAGAGCGCGCCUCUUUGAGCUGUCUUACACCCUGUAUAAAGAGAUUGUGGAGGCCCACUCGGACUACCCCCCCAACUGGGACAAGAACCUGGCGCUGGCCUGCGAGAGGCUGCUGCGCUCGGGCCACCCGGGCUACAGCGCCGACGGCCUGCUGGCCUGCAGCGUCCGGCACUUCAGCCUCUACCUGCAGAAAGACGCCUCGGACCCCCAGACCCCCGCCAUCCGGGCGGCCGUCAGCCGCCUGCAGCAGGAGAGGGACGGGCUCCGCCGGACGCCGUGACCGGAAGACGGCGAUCCGUCGCCCGUCCAGCCAGAGUCCCAGAGUCCCGCGCUACUCCUCCAGGAUGUGCGCCGACGCCAAACCAUUACAGGGAAAUCGGCGCCGCAGUGCGAUCCUCUGGUCCAGUAAAGACGGACUUCCCUUCCCCACCGUCAUGUUUCCACAAUCGGACUUCAGGAAGUCUGGACUGACCUCAAUUGAGCUCUGCAUGCUUCCUUAAAACUCUAUCGUUACAUCUUCCUCUCUUUUUUUCUUUUCCCGCUCUCGGAGCUUCUAACGUUGUGAUUAUUUCGCCUCGGCUCCUGCUCCACUUCUCUCUUUCUCACAUUUGGACGGCGGGGCCGAGAUUGAGGGAAACCCAAUUUUGGGGCAGAAAUGGGGGAUUAGAGCGGCUGUUUAAUCUAGGACAGCCUUGCUCUGUGCCACGCAGUCCUCACUUCACACCGCCCCCCCCCCCCCCCCCCCCACUGCCCCCCACCCCCGUCCUUCUAUCAGUCCAUCUUAGAUGGUCCUUUAAAUGUUUCGAACUAAUGGAUUCCAUGAGUGUUUUUCUCCUGCUUCCUAACAGGAGGCCGGUAAUCCCCGGUGGAUUUAUACGAAAUGUGAAAUGUCACAAUGCCAGGGACCCUUUUAGAGGUGCGUCUGUGUGAACAUGCUUAAAUCUGCACUCAAGCCCUCCUCCCUGCCAGAGCCGCACAUAAACCUAUUCGAUAAAGCGAUCGAGGAGAAGGCCGAGGGCGGCGGACGGGGCUGCGUCCACCCCGUCUCUGGAAGUCUUUCUCGGGAUCCGACUCGCGUUAGCCUCCAUGCUAAUGAGCCGGAAUUUACUCUGCAAAAGGUCAACACGAGCUUUGUGGGACAGCGCUGAAGGAGUCUGCGGCUGGAGAUACAGCGGCGGACAGGAAGUGAACGAGCACUUCUCUCCCGAUGUGAAGGAAUGAAUGAUGCAGACGGGAAACUGUCCGUCUGCCUCACAGGUGAACCUUUUCAAUAA